UUCAGAACUGUAUUAUUAUUUAAAGUGAUAUCUCACUCAGUGUGUGAAAAACUGAUAAGUGUAAACAUGGAGAGAGAAGAUCAAAACGCAUCUCUACGGUCUCCCUUGAUUCAAAUCUCAGGGCAACAUGGAGUCACUGUUGAUAAUCAUAUAGAGCAAAACAAGAAAAGGGUAAUAGAAAGAAGAGAAGUUUUUGAAGAAGUGAAGAAGCAGUUAUGGCUUGCAGGGCCUUUGAUAUCUGUGGGCCUGCUAAAUUUUUGCAUACAGAUUAUAUCUGUAAUGUUUGUGGGGCACCUUGGGGAGUUGGCUCUCUCUGGUGCUUCAAUGGCUACUUCUUUUUGUUCUGUCACUGGUAUUAGCUUGUUGCUGGGAAUGGCAAGUGCGUUGGAUACCUUGUGUGGCCAGUCAUAUGGAGCAAAGCAGCAUCGUAUGUUAGGCAUACACAUGCAGAGGGCCAUGCUCGUUCUUAUGAUUGUCAGCAUACCCCUAGCAAUAAUUUGGGCAAACACAAGAUCCAUUCUGAUUUUCCUUGGCCAGGAUCCUGAAAUAUCUGCAGUAGCAGGAACAUAUGCUCAGUUAAUGGUUCCUUGCCUUUUUGCCUAUGGUCUUCUUCAGUGCAUAAACAGAUUCUUACAAACCCAAAAUAUUGUAUUUCCAAUGAUGUUCAGCUCUGCGGUUACUACUUUACUACAUCUUCUUAUAUGUUGGGUUAUGGUAUUCAAAUCUGGACUAGGGAACAAAGGAGCUGCCAUAGCAAAUUCUAUUUCUUAUUGGGUUAAUGUUUUGAUACUGACACUCUAUGUCAUGUUUUCUCCUUCGUGUGCAAAAACUUGGACAGGCUUUUCUAAAGAGGCACUGCUUAACAUUCCCUCAUUUAUGAAGCUUGCCAUUCCUUCAGCUGUUAUGGUUUGCUUGGAAAUGUGGUCAUUUGAAAUGAUGGUUCUCCUAUCCGGUCUUCUACCAAAUCCGAAGUUGGAAACAUCAGUACUUUCUAUCUGCUUGAAUACGGCAUCAACUGUUUGGAUGAUCCCAUUUGGUUUAAGUGGAGCUGUAAGCAUUCGUGUAUCAAAUGAACUUGGAGCUGGUCAUCCUUGGACUGCACGUUUAGCAGUGUGGAUUGUCUUAGUAAUGGCCAUUAUUGAGGGCACCUUAGUUGGAAUAGUGAUGAUACUAAUACGCAAUAUUUGGGGCUAUGCAUAUAGUAAUGAAUUAGAGGUUGUCGAAUAUGUAGCAAUCAUGACACCAAUUCUUGCAGCAUCCAACUUCUUGGAUGGACUUCAGUGUGUACUUUCAGGCACAGCUAGAGGAUGUGGUUGGCAGAAAAUUGGUGCCUAUAUCAAUCUAGGCUCUUAUUAUCUAGUUGGCAUUCCAUCAGCUAUCAUAUUAGCUUUUGUAUUGCAUGUUGGAGGCAAGGGGCUCUGGCUGGGGAUCAUAUGUGCACUUGUUGUUCAAGUAUUAUCUUUACUUAUCAUCACCUUACGUACUAAUUGGGAGCAAGAGGCAAAGAAGGCUACGGACAGAGUCCAUGAUUCAAUAACACCAGACAACAUAAUCUCGUGAAGCUGUGAUGUCUUCACCGCUACACGUUCCCAACAAAUAUUUGGAUUAAAGAACGACACGUUUUUUUUUUUCUGCAUUAUCUUAGAUUUGGUUGAUGCUUACCAUACUCAUCUAGAAAUUAUAUAGGAAUGAAGAUACUAUUAGCAUGAGUUG